AGAGGUCGUGAGUCGUGACAACCAUGUAAUUUUAAGGGGACGGGCUAACAAGUCUCCAAUUCACUCGCGUACACCAAAUCUGACCGACACAUGAACAGAGCUAUCGCUUGCAGAAUCCUCCAUCAAAACGCCAUUACGUGCCCUUCCCCUAUCCUUACCUGUCAACACGAAACAAAUAUGAAAUGGGUUUGUUUUGUUUUGAUGAAUGAAUUGCGGGACUGAUUGACGUGGGAAGGUAUUUUCAUUUUCCCAAGUGUAGGAUUGAUGGAAGAGGUGCCUGGAUCGUUGGGGACAAGCGCUAGCUUGGCUCUGCGAUUGGGUCAGACGAUUUUCUCUUCCGCUUCACUUCUUUUCAUGUGUUUGGAUGUUCAGUUCUACAGCUACACUUCGUUCUGCUAUCUGGUGACAAUCAUGGGUUUGGUAAUUCCAUGGAGUAUGACAUUGGUGCUGGUGGAUGCAUAUUCUGUCUGUGUUAAAUCUUUACCUCGAGAACAAAAGAUACUGUUGAUCGUCGUUAUAGGAGACCUGGUUUUAUCAUUCCUCACAUUAGCUGCAGCUUGCUCAACAGCUAGUGUGACAGAUCUUCUUAUCCAUGCUGCUAGGUACUGCCCUGCAAAGUUAUGUAGUAGAUAUCAGUUAUCUGCGGCUAUGGCAUUUUUAUCUUGGUCUCUGUCAUUAGCUUCAUCACUCUUCAACCUUUGGCUUCUUCCUUCCUUGUAAAUUCAGUUUUUAUCACUUCAUUUUCACAAUAUAGAAGGGCAAACCUGAUGAAUACUCGUUUGCUCAGAAACAGAACUUGUACAGUUACAGGAUUACAUACGUUUGGAUGAUAAUAUUGAAACACAGCACAUUUUACAAUUCUUCAAACUAGGUUAAUCAUGAUUUAUCUUUUUUCCCUUC